AUGGAGCCCGCCGCCGCCGCCGCCGCCGCCGCCCCGGCCGCGCCGCCCGCGGAGCCCGGCCGCGAGCCCCGCGCUGCGGCCCCCUUGGCGGCCGGGGCGCGGGCACAGGCCCCCGGAGAGGCGCCGGCGGGAGGCGCGGGGCGCCGGCGGCGGCCGCGCGGCGGCGGGGCGGCCCCGGGCCCGGGGGCCGGCGGCGGCGCCAACUCGCUGCUGCUGCGGCGAGGGCGGCUGAAGCGGAAUCUGUCGGCGGCCGCCGCCGCCUCGUCGUCGUCGUCGUCGUCGUCGUCGGCCGCCUCGCACUCGCCCUCGGCCGGCCCCGCGGCGCCCGGCCCGGCCUCGGCGGCGCUGUGCACCCGCAGCCUGGACAGGAAGACGCUGCUGCUGAAGCCCCGGCAGAUGCUGCCGCUGCAGCCGUCGGACCGCGACUGGGUGCGGCACCAGCUCCGGCGCGGCUGCGUGCACGUCUUCGACCGCCACCUGGCCGCCACGCACCUGCGCCCGGUGCUCUGCACGCUGGACACCACGGCCGCCGAGGUGGCGGCGCGCCUGCUGCAGGCGGGCCCCAAGGGCGGCGGCGCGCUCAAGGUGCCCGGCCGCGGGGCCCCCGACGCCGGCUCCCGGCCGGCCGACGUCGGGGUGCCCCCGCGCGCGCCGCCCGCCGACCUGCCGCUGCCCGGCUGGCCGCCCCGCGCCCCCCGCGCCGGCCCCGCGCCCUCGGACUCCAGCCCCGGCGAGGCGGGCGCCCCGCGGCCCCCCGGCCCGGCCUCCGACGCCGAGAGCUUCAGCCCGAGCCCCAGCGCCGAGAGCGCGUCCGAGCGCCUGGACCCCUACAGCGGCGGCGGCGGCGGCUCCUCCUCCGCCUCCUCUUCGUCGUCGUCCUCCUCGUCGUCGUCGUCCGAGGAGCUCGAGGCCGAGGCUGCCCCGACGGCGGCCCCGAGCCCGGCGCGCCCGGACGGCCGCAGCGCGCAGCCCAGGUCCCCCGGAGCGGCCGCGCCAACGCCGCCGCCGCCGCCGCCGCCCGGAGCCCCCGGGGGCGCCGACGGCCCGGUCGGGGCCGCGCGGGAGGAAAAGGGGGCGGCGGCCGCGGCGGAGAGGGCGCCCCCGCCGCCCACCCUGUACGUGCAGCUGCACGGAGAGACCACCCGGCGCCUGGAGGCGGACGAGAAGCCACUGCAGAUCCAAAACGACUACCUCUUCCAGCUGGGCUUCGGGGAGCUGUGGAGGGUGCAGGAGGAGGGCAUGGACUCGGAGAUCGGCUGCCUCAUCCGCUUCUACGCAGGAAAACCUCACAGCAGCAAUAGUUCCGAACGGAUUCAGCUCUCAGGAAUGUAUAACGUCCGUAAAGGCAAAAUGCAAUUGCCAGUGAACCGGUGGGCCAGACGCCAAGUGAUCCUGUGCGGGACCUGCCUCAUCGUCUCGUCGGUGAAGGACAGCGUCACAGGCAAGAUGCACGUCCUGCCGCUCAUUGGCGGAAAAGUAGAAGAAGUGAAAAAGCACCAACACUGUUUAGCCUUCAGCUCCUCUGGACCCCAGAGCCAGACCUACUACAUUUGUUUUGACACCUUCACCGAGUAUUUAAGGUGGCUCCGCCAAGUCUCCAAGGUCGCGUCCCAGCGGAUCAGCUCCGUGGACCUCUCCUGCUGCAGCCUGGAGCACCUGCCCGCCAACCUCUUUUACAGCCAGGACCUCACUCACCUCAACCUAAAGCAGAACUUCCUGAGGCAGCAUCCCAGCGUGCCGUCUGCGCGGGGGCUCAGCGAGCUGCAGAGGUUCACGAAGUUGAAGAGUCUCAACCUUUCCAACAACCGUCUCGGGGACUUCCCGUUAGCGGUCUGCAAUAUCCCAACGCUGACGGAGCUGAAUGUGUCCUGCAACGCCCUCCAGGCCGUGCCCGCCGCCGUGGGGGUGAUGCACAACUUGCAGACGUUUUUGUUGGAUGGGAACUUUCUGCAGACCCUCCCUGCCGAAUUGGAGAACAUGCAUCAGCUCAGCUACCUUGGUCUUUCGUUCAACGAGUUCACCGACAUUCCGGAGGUGCUGGAGAAGCUGACGGCGGUGGAGAAACUCUGUAUGUCUGGAAACUGUCUCGAGAGCCUGAACCUACAGGCUUUAAGGAGAAUGCCUCACAUCAAGCACGUGGACCUAAGGCUGAACAUCAUCAGGAAGCUGGAGGCCGAGGAAAUAGACUUCCUCCCGCACAUCACUCAGCUUGACCUGCGCGACAAUAAGCUCGGCGAGCUCGAGGCUGUGGUUUUCAACAACAUCGAAGUCUUGCACUGUGAGAGGAAUCAGCUGGUGACGCUAAACAUCUGCGGCUGUUUCCUGAAAGCACUCUAUGCCUCUUCCAACGAACUUGUUCAACUUGAUGUUUACCCAGUUCCAAAUUAUCUGUCCUACAUGGAUGUUUCCAGGAACCGCUUAGAGAAUGUGCCUGAAUGGGUGUGUGAAAGCCGUAAGCUCGAAGUCUUGGAUAUUGCCCAUAAUCAAAUCUCUGACCUUCCUGCACGCCUCUUCUGCAACAGCAGCCUCCGGAAGCUCCUGGCGGGCCACAACCAGCUGCAGCGGCUGCCCGAGAGGCUGGAGCGGACGUCGGUGGAGGUGCUGGACGUGCAGCACAACCAGCUCGCGGAGCUGCCGCCCGGCCUGCUGAUGAAGGCCGACAGUCUGAGAUUCCUGAACGCCUCGGCCAACAAGCUGGAGACCCUUCCCCCAGCCACGCUCUCGGAAGAGACGGGCAGCAUCCUGCAGGAGUUAUACCUGACCAACAACCACCUGACAGACAAGUGCGUGCCCUUGCUCACGGGCCACCCCCACCUGAAGAUCCUGCACAUGGCCUUCAACCGCCUCCACAGCUUCCCCGCCAGCAAAAUGGCCAAGCUGGAGGAGCUGGAGGAGAUCGAUGUCAGCGGGAACAAGCUGAAGGCCAUCCCGACCACCAUCAUGAACUGCAGGCGCAUGCACACGGUCAUAGCUCACUCCAACUGCAUCGAGGUCUUCCCGGAAGUGAUGCAGCUCCCGGAGAUCAAGUGCGUGGACCUGAGCUGCAACGAACUCAGUGAGGUCACUUUGCCGGAGAACCUGCCCCCGAAGCUGCAGGAGCUGGACCUGACCGGGAACCCCCGCCUGGCCCUCGAGCACAAGACCCUGGAGCUGCUGAACAACAUCCGCUGCUUCAAGAUCGACCAGCCGUCUGUGGGAGACGCGUCCGGCGCCCCCGCCGUGUGGAGUCAUGGCUACACCGAGGCCUCGGGAGUGAAGAACAAGCUGUGUGUGGCAGCCUUGUCGGUGAACAACUUCUGCGACAACCGGGAGGCCCUGUACGGCGUGUUUGACGGCGACCGCAACGUGGAGGUGCCCUACCUGCUGCAGUGCACCAUGAGCGACAUCCUGGCGGAGGAGCUGCAGAAGACCAGGAACGAGGAGGAGUACAUGGUCAACACCUUCAUCGUCAUGCAGAGGAAACUCGGCACGGCCGGACAGAAGCUGGGCGGUGCCGCCGUCCUCUGCCACAUCAAGCACGACCCCGUGGACCCAGGCGGGUCCUUCACCUUGACCUCCGCCAACGUGGGCAAGUGCCAGACGGUCCUGUGUCGCAACGGGAAGCCGCUGCCUCUGUCCAGGUCCUACGUCAUGAGCUGCGAGGAGGAGCUGAAGCGGAUCAAGCGGCACAAGGCCAUCAUCACCGAGGACGGCAAGGUGAACGGCGUGACGGAGUCCACGCGCAUCCUGGGCUACACCUUCCUGCACCCAAGCGUGGUGCCCCGGCCCCACGUGCAGUCGGUGGCGCUCACCCCGCAGGACGAGUUCUUCAUCCUGGGCAGCAAGGGCCUGUGGGACAGCCUGUCCCCGGAGGAGGCGGUGGCCGCCGUGCGCCACGUGCCGGACGCGCUGGCGGCCGCCAAGAAGCUGUGCACGCUGGCGCAGAGCUACGGCUGCCACGACAGCCUGAGCGCCGUGGUGGUGCAGCUGAGCGUGACCGAGGACAGCUUCUGCUGCUGCGAGCUGGGCCCCGGCGGCGCGGGGGGGCCGCCGCCCAGCCCCGGCAUCUUCCCGCCGGCCGUGAGCAUGGUCAUCAAGGAGCGGCCAGCGGACGGGCUGGGCGUACCCUCGUCCAGCAGCGGCAUGGCCUCGGAGAUGAGCAGCGAGCUGUCCACGUCGGAGAUGAGCAGCGAGGUGGGCUCCACGGCCUCGGACGAGCCGCCGCCCGGCGCGCUGACCGACAGCGGCCCCGCCGGCCCGAGCGAGCCCCGCUGCACGCUGCACCCCGCCGCGGGCCCCGCGCACUCCUUCCAGCGCCAGCUGUCCAGCGCCACCUUCUCCAGCGCCUUCUCCGACAACGGCCUGGACAGCGACGACGAGGAGCCCAUCGAGGGCGUGUUCAGCAACGGCAGCCGCGUGGAGGUGGAGGUGGACAUCCACUGCGGCCGCGCCAAGGACAAAGACAAGGACAGGCCCGCGACACAUGGGCCGGCCGAGCCCAGCGACGAGGGCGGCGGCCCGGGCGCCCCCGAGGACGAGCCGGGGCCUGCCCGGAAGGCGGUGGACGCCGCGGCGGGCACCAUCGGGCGGCGGCGGCCCAACGGCUCGGUGGCGCCCCAGGAGAGCAGCCACAACGUCAUCGAGGUGGCGGCCGACGCGCCCCUGCGCAAGCCCGGCGGCUACUUCGCGGCACCCGCGCAGCCCGACCCCGACGACCAGUUCAUCAUCCCGCCCGAGCUGGAGGAGGAGGUGAAGGAGAUGAUGAAGCAGCAGCAGCAGCAGCAGCAGCAGCAGCAGCAGCAGCAGCAGCCGCCGCAGCAGCCGCCGCCGCCCCUGCCCGCGCCCCUGCCCGCGCCGCCCGACUGCUGCGACACGCCGCUCUGAGCGCGCCGCAUCAGGACCGCGCCCGCAUCAGGACCGCGCCCCUCCGCCCGCGCCCCGCCCCGCCCCCCCCACAUCUGUUAACUUCUUCCCCUAACAUAUCAGAUGUGUAAAGACAAAGAACAAAAAAGGUUUAAUAUAUUACAGAGAAACACUUAAUGAUAAUGUAAUAUUUUUUUAAAAAAAGAAAAGAUGGCUUUCUUUUUUCUUUUGUUGUUUGGAAGGCAGGGCCGGUUGCCAGUGCUAAAUGAUUUAAUAAUAUUGUAAUUCUGUAUUUUUUUUUUCCUUUUGUGCGGGGAGGGGGGCCUUUUUUUUCCUUUUUUUUUUUUUUUUUUUUUUGUCUUGAAAAUGAUAGACAUUUGUAGAAUACGGAGACUAACUCCUAGGAGUUGCUUUACUCUGUCACGUGACUUAAGUCACUGGGAUUCACUAAUUUUCUCUGAGAGAACAGUUGAUUGAGAAAUUUCUAUUGUAAAUAGCUCAGUGUUGUAUAGUGACGCUUCCGACGUUUUGUAGUUUUGACAAAAGGACAAGGCCAAAAUAACCGACUCCUCCCUGGCGCCCUCUCACCCCCCUGGGCCACUAACCCAAGAGGCUGAGCCGCUCGGAGCUUCCCUGUUCCCCCACCGCAGGGGUCCCACCCGGGAGCCACGCGGCCCCCCAGGGGCUCCUGCCCGACCCUCCCCCGUCGCCCUGCUGCCUCGCUCAGCGCGACGGGCCAGGCCAGCGAGGCCGUUCACACACGAGAGUUCGAAGAGAGCAGAGUACACAAAUGAACAUGUCGUAAUUUUUGUUAUAAUAAAUAUAAAAUUUACAAGUA